CCGGAGCCGACGCGCUGACGCAUCUGCAACUUCAACACCGCCCAUCGUACGCCGCCCACCGCUCUCCACACUCCGCCUCCAGAGGCGUCGCGCUGUGCACCAAUCACCAGUGCUUGUGAUCAACGCGAGGUACGUCUUACUCGUCGUGCUCGUUGCCAAUUAGCUAUCGCUUGCAAAACCGGCUGACCACGGUCGCUGCAUUCGAUCUGCUACAGCUUAUGCUCGCCUGGUACUGUGCAUUUGUAUUAACUAUAAACAUGCCACUGGAUCGAUCACCGUUAAAAAAUCCACCACCAUCUCUUGGAUUAACUAUGCAACACUCGGACUCUGAACCAAAUUUAGCCUUGUCAAGUGAUAACACGGCGGCUUUUCGUAAGAGAAAGUAUUGCAGUGACUUACCGGACGAAUUUUUAUCAAUGCAAGAUAAAUUCACUAACAUGUUUAUAACACAAAAACGCGAACAGGAUACUAAACUGUCAAAUAUAUUAGAAUGUGUUAGCAAUAUCAAGCAACAAAAUGAUGAUAUAAGGGAAUCAAUCAAGUUUAUGUCGGAAAAAUACGAUAACUUAAUGUUGCAUGUACAAAAUCUACAGGAGGAGAACAAAAUGUAUAAAAAACGUAUUCAAACACUGGAGGAUAAAAUUGAUGGAUUCGAAAGACUGUCGUAUACUUCUCGUAUUGAAUUACGUAAUGUUCCGAAAAAAGAGGGGGAAACUAAAGAAGAUUUGGUUAAUAUCCUGCUCAAAACAGGUGAAGUAAUAGGAACAACGAUACAACAGUCUGAUGUAAGGGAUAUUUUUCGCAUCAACACGAAAAACGAUAAAAAUAAACCUAUAAUAGCCGAUUUUACGAGCAUUUUAACCAAAGAGAGAAUUAUCACGCAUUCAAAAAAACAUAACCGAUUAAAUAAGGACAAAAAACUAAAUUCGGCCGAUAUAGCAAUCGCCGGUCCGGCUGUACCCAUUUUCCUUUCGGAAAAUCUUCCCCAAAAAGUGAGACACCUAUAUGCUUCAGCCAGGAUAUUCGGCAAGGAAAAUAAUUACGACUAUUGCUGGACAACUGCAGGAAGAAUAUAUCUGAAAAAAACAGAGCGGGACAAACCUAUCGUAAUCAAAAGCCAGGAAGACAUUGGCAGAUUGUCUACUUUGUGACUGUAUUUGCAUGGCUCUCGAAACAUUGUUAUAUUGUUUAGAUUUAUCUUUCCUUGUUUAAUUUUAAUUUUGAUUACUUUUUCCCAUAAAAUAUUAAUAAUAUCUUUUUGUGCAUAUAUCUCAAUUUACACAUACAAACACACCAAUUACUUAUCCACAAUACACGACAAGAACACUACAACCAAACAGCAUACAUACUACACUUAUAACAUUCUGCAUAAAUGUCAAGUUUCUGUUUUAAAAUGUAUAAUAAAUAUAAGAAUAUAUAGAUCAA